CUCUCUUACUACUCCAGUAGUCAGCGACAAAUUAGUCGCUGGCUUGAUCUCCUCUGUUUUUCCCACCGGCGACGGAACCGGGGUUCGCCUGCGCCCACCGGAGCUCGCCCGCGCCGAACAAAGCGGACAACGGCGCUGCCGAGCUCGUCUCCCUCUUGCCCUUCUUCCACCAUGGCGGGUUGACCGGACGGUGAGGCGGUGCGACCUCGAGCUCGUAUCCCUGUCCGUCGCCUCCCUCUCCCUCCUCCUUCCACCGCGCCACCGCGGCGACGUGGCCGGGCGGAGAGGCGGCGUGACUGGCGCGACCUUGGGCUCCUCUCCCUCUCUGUCGCCUGAUAUUCCCCCCUUCUUCUACCGCGGCGGGGUGGCCCAGCGGAGAGGUGGCGCGACCUCGAGCUUCGCGAGCGGCAAUGGUGGCGCGGCCCGCGAGCUCAGUAGGCAUGGAUCGGGGGGCGGUGCGGCCGGCGAGCUCAGUAGGCAUGGAUCGGGGGGUGGUGUGGCCCGCGAGCUCAGUAGGCAUGGAUCAGGGGGCGGCGCGGCCGGCGAGUCCCGGCCGGUCCAGAUCGGGGGGCGGCGCGGCCGGCGCAGAUUGGGGGGCGGCGUGGCCGGAGCAGCCGCUCCUCUCUCCCCGUCGGCAGCGCCCUCCUCUCUCCCGCCAAGCUCGCGUCCUCUGUCCUGCCAAGCUCCCAAGCCACGCCCGCGAGGAGGCUGAACGCCACGUGCUUGCACUGUGAAGAGUUGGAUUUGAAUGAAUGAAAGGAGCAGAAUCCGAAGAAAGUAGGGCCCGCGCCGACCUCGCCUUAUCCCCAGAACAGGGCAACGCAGCAAAGGUGAGGAGCUCAAUCCUCCUCACCAACACCAAGACGACCACGACCUCCUCGCCCUCGCCGCCGCCCACCGACCAUGGCCUCCGCCGCCGCUUCUUCCUCCAAACCUCCCGUCGUGCUUGGCUGCGGCGCCGUCUCCGCGGACUACCUCGCCACCGUCGCCUCCUUCCCCAACCCCGACGACAAGAUCCGAAGCCUAACGCUCAAGGUCCAGGGAGGCGGCAACACUGGCAAUGCCUUGACCGCCGCUGCUCGUUUGGGCCUUCGCCCAAGGAUCAUAUCCAAGGUAUCCAAUGACCCACAAGGAAGAAAUAUUCUCAAGGAGCUGCAAGAUGAUGGGGUCGACACCUCUCAUAUCCUGGUUGCAGAGGAGGGGAAUUCACCUUUCACCUAUAUAAUUGUUGACAACCAGACGAAAACUCGUACUUGUAUUCACACUCCUGGUUAUCCUCCUAUGGUCCCUGAAGAGCUCACACAAGAAAACUUGUUUGCCGCUUUAGACGGUGCUGACAUUGUAUAUUUUGAUGUCAGAUUGCAUGAAACUGCUUUACUAGUUGCUGAAGAGGCAAGCCAAAGAAAACUUCCUAUUUUGAUUGAUGCCGAACGGAAGAGGGAUGGAUUGGACGAGCUUCUCAAUUUCGCAUCUUAUGUUGUAUGCUCUGCAAAAUUUCCUCAGGCUUGGACAGGAGCCUCAUCAACACCGGUUGCUUUGGUGUCCAUGCUUUUAAGAUUGCCUAAUAUCAAGUUUAUUAUUGUAACCCUUGGAGAAAAGGGAUGCUUGAUGCUUGAAAGAAGCACAACAGAUGCUUCUGAGGCAGAGGAAAUAGAUGUAGAGAGUCUUCUGGAAUCACUAGAGAAGAAAGAAGUUUUGAGUUCAAGCAUGCCAAAAUGCAUCGCCUCCAAGUCAAAUUUGAGAAUAAGUGCAGAUGGAAUAGGAUCCAUCAGUGGCAGAUUACUUUUAGGCACUGCCGAAAUUAUACCCUCUGAAGAGCUCAUAGAUACAACUGGUGCGGGUGAUGCAUUUAUCGGAGCAGUUCUCUACGGUUUAUGCUCUGGCAUGCCGCCUGAGAAGAUGCUGCCUUUUGCAGCUCAAGUGGCUGCUUGCGGGUGCAGGGGUUUAGGGGCUCGGACUGCUCUUCCCCAUCGCACAGAUCCCCGCCUGGUUGCCUAUUGACUCGAGGAACUGUAGUGUAUCAAUCUGUGUUGGAUUUGAUUGGGAUGGAUUCAUUGGAUUGUGGGCGCCUUUGAAAAAGAAGAGAUUAAGCAUUUGAAAUAUGGAGUAAUAAGAAAGCCGCCUGCAGUUGAAAUCGGUUCCUAAGUUGUAUGUAAACAUUGAUUGUUGUUGCAUACUGUCAAUAUACCUUGGCUUGUGUUAAUAAGAGAGAUUUGUGUGCUGUUGUUGCAAGGCCCAAGGUACGAGUGAUUGGUGGGUUCUUGUGAUGUUAAAGAGCAACAUUACCCAAUCAUAUACGGUCUCGUUGAUUUUGUACCAGUGCAAAGUGAAAUUACCUACAUUUUAC